AUGAAUCUGUUACUGAUCGCAUUUGUGACUCAAAUCCUCAAAAGUCGAGCUUGCGAGAUGAAAAGUGAGUGGAUCUAUAUUGAUGUUGUGAAAAACAGUUUUUGUUUAGUAUGCUACGGCGGAAAAGCGGACUUUCUACCGAUUGGAUGCGAAUCUGUCAUCGGAGGUCCACUCAUCAUCGAGGAUUUUGAUUACGGCUAGUAUAACUCAGUUGCCGAUAGAGAUAUCAAAUAGUUGCCAACUAACAAAUUGCUCAUCAAAACGUGGCGUGCAUUUUAUCAGUUGACCACUAUUUGAUAUCUCUUCAGACGGCUGAGAUAUAUCGUUUUGAAUGCACGGGAAACUCUUGAGAAGGCAGUUGUGCUUUUUACUAUGCUUCACCGAAAAUUCCUGCUGAUUUCCUUCAGAACUGACCAUGAACAACGACGUGGGACGGAAGCUCUCGUCGAUCCGCAAAAUCAACAGCGGUCUCAUCAUCCGUCGCAACUCGUUCUAUCAGUUCUCAGCGAUGCGCAACUUGCGCUCGCUCACCAUUGACCCGAAAGACGGUCCGGUGCUCACGUUGGAGCAGAAUCACAAUCUGAUGUCAGUCAAGUUCCAGAAUCUUCGUGUCAUCAAUGGGUCCAUGGUAGGCUUUCAAAAAGAUGCCAAUCGCCUCAAGUCGUUUUCAGCCAUUGUUCGAUUUUUGGCAAGACAACUUUCCUGUUCAGAUGAGAAAAAGUAGUGCAGCGUGAGUUUGUUUGAAAAGGGAAGUGGAGUGAAUUUAAAGUUUCAAAAGGUUUCAUCAGUUUCUUCAUCUGGUAACGGCUUCCGGAAGUGAUGAAAGGGACACUUGUGACGGCGACUAUUUCGAUCUGCAUGUUAUGGAUCUAGGCGAGGACUUAUGGGCAACUAGGAUCAACUUUUCAUUUUUAGACUAUCCCAUCGGGAACCACAUUCAUUACGUCGUUUCCGGAGCUCUCGGCCUUCUUUCUCUCGUCAUAAUCAUCGAUUCGCUGUACUUUGCCCAUUUCCAACGUCAAUGGGAGAGGAGACUGGACGAACUGGAGAUGGAGGAACGGCGCGACGAGUUCGAGGAGUUGUUGAACGAAGCGGAUCGGCUGGAGCAAUGGGAGGAGGAUCGUCAGGCGGUGGAGGCGGAGGAGAAGAUUCGGACGGCCAGGCAGUUUGAGGGCACCACAGACGAUCCGAACUACGCUCCGGGAGAGAGGGAGAGGCUGGAGGAGUUUCAGAAAGAUCGGAAGAAAUGGAAGUUGGAGGACGAGGAGGAGGCGAGGGAGUUGGAGAAGGAGGAGAAGGAGGAAGCGAGACAGAAGGAAGAUGAGGAGAAGAAGAAGAAGCUGGCGAAGUCGAAGGAAGGAAAGAAGGAGAAGAGUGAAAAGAAGAAGGAAAGUAAGACGGAUGGGAAUAAGAAGAGUGAGAAGAAGAAGAAGAAGAAGAAGAAGAGUAAGAAAGAGAAGAAAGAGGAGCGGAAGAGCCAGAAAGAGAAGGAAUAA